ACCCUCUUCAACCGUAUAUUAGUAAAGUCAAAUUUUCAGCAGCAGUCUGACAAAUAUAGCAAACCCAUCUACUUAAGCUCACCAAGAAACAGACUUCACCGAACAAUGGAGUCGGAAGAGAAUCCAAUAACCAUACACCUAAUCUCAUCCAGUGACUCACCCGAGUUCAACCAUCUAACUCAUGCAUUAACUCAUUCUUCAGUCAUCGGACUCGACGCUGAAUGGAAACCCAUUCGAACCCACCAAUCCACUUUCCCAACCGUCUCACUUCUUCAAAUCGCUUGCCAGCUCACAGACGAAUCGCCAGUCUUCUUAAUUGACCUGGCCUCAAUCCCCUUACAGUCAAUUUACCACCUCAUUAAGGACGCGUUUGCCUCGCCGGAUGUAUUAAAAUUGGGAUUUAGGUUCAAACAGGAUUUAGUGUAUUUGUCUUCUACUUUCUGUGCUUAUGGAUGUGAACCUGGUUUUGAAAGGGUGGAACCCUUUUUAGAUAUUACAAGCAUAUACAACAACCUGCAACCCAGACAACCGGGGAGAAGAUUAUCAAAGCAAACAAAGAGCUUGGCAACAGUUUGUCAGGAGGUCUUGGGAAUUUCUCUAUCAAAGGAACUCCAAUGCAGUGAUUGGUCACAGCGUCCUCUGACAGAAGAGCAAAUGCAAUAUGCAGCAGUUGAUGCUCACUGUUUGAUUCAUAUCUUUGAAGUCUUCAAGGCUAAGGUUGUGACAGAAGGGAAUUCUGUCGAAAGUGUAACUGGUCUCCAGUUGUCUCAUCUGGAUCUUGGGUUGAAGCAGAUACUUGCCACACAACAAAACUCUAACAAAUUGUGCGGUAUCAAAUUUGGUGAAGCUUUAGAGAUGGUGCAAGCUAUCCCGCCUGAUUUUUGUAAAACAGCCCCCAUCUCAGAUGAAGAGGUUACUGCGCUGUCACCAGAUCAAGCUAAUCAGAUGGAUGAUGUGCUUUCGCUAAUUGUCAGGAAGUAUGGUGAUAAAAUUUUGUUAAGUGAAUCUGAUAGAAAACCGAAGAUCUCGAGAAAGAAAGCUAAGAAAUCAUCUGGUAGAGUAGCAAACACACGCAGUCGAACGGAGGGUGGUGAAGAAUGGCAAGGUCCACCACCCUGGGAUGUGACCUCCGGUGGGGAUGGGUGCCCUAAGUUUCUAUGUGAUGUGAUGGUUGAAGGAUUGGCAAAACAUUUAAGAUGUGUUGGCAUUGAUGCUGCUGUUCCUUACUCAAAGAAGCCUGAAACAAGGGGUUUAAUAGAACAAGCCUGUAAAGAGAAGAGAGUACUCUUAACACGAGAUGCCAAACUCCUGAGACAUGAUUAUCUCUUAAAAAAUCAGAUAUACCGGGUGAAGAGUCUUCUAAAGAAUGAUCAGUUGGUUGAGGUAAUAGAAACUUUCCAAUUGGAAAUUUCUGAGGACCGGUUGAUGUCAAGGUGCACAAAAUGCAACGGUAAGUUCAUCCAAAAACCUCUGACAACAGAAGAAGCUGUUGAGGCAGCUAAAGGAUUUCAGGUGAUUCCAAACUGCUUGUUUAAAAAGAACUUGGAAUUCUGGCAAUGCAUGGAUUGCAAGCAACUUUACUGGGAGGGAACUCAAUACCACAAUGCUGUGCAAAAGUUUGUUGAUGUGUGCAAGCUGAAUGACUGAAAUUGCCAGGAUCCUUGUGAACUAUUGCUAUGAGAAUAUUGUUGUAAUCUUUCGUUUAUUCGUCUCAUUUCUCUACGCAUACCUCAUCAGAUGUGCUAUCUGGUUCAGGAAAUGCCAGCGGUUUUUGAUUUUAUCUGCUUAUGAUUUAUGAUAUGUAACUGAACCAUACUGGCUACUUUAAAAGAACUGCAAUUGACCUAAGUUGCUUGAACUAUAUGCCAUAUUGCUUCCUGUAA